AUGGCGCUCCAGGCAUGUGCUAAUCUUGCGCGCACGCAGCCAUACUCGGCUGGCCAGCAAUCGCGGCAUCUGUGCACGCUGCUGGGCUGGCACACUGCGAAACCAACACAGGGGACGCACUCAAACACCCCGCUCCUUGGCGGCGUAUAUCUCACCGAUAUCCUCGUCGCGCUCGUCACGCUUUUCGUGAAUGUGCUGCGGACGUGCUCUGUGGUGGAGCUGCUCGAUGUGGUGUGGUUUGGCGUGGGGUAUGUGGUCACCGGUAUGGUUCCUGAUAUGGUGAUGCGGUCGCGGAUACGAGCGAAAGAGACGCCUUUUGCGCAAAACUGUCUCUCCCACGUUACCGUGCUUGUCCUCGCCGCCGCGCGCUUUGUUCUCUCCCACUUUCCGUACCUGCUGCCAAGAAUCGCGCUCGCAAAAGAGACCAUGGGGCCCCUCGUCCAGUGGCGCACCGGCGGCGGCGCAGCGGAUGUAGUCCAUCCCUACCUUGCUCCAGACGCGGCCUUUAAAGCCUACUGGAUUCGCGGCGCACAGGAUACACGGUCCGUGCGGGGAAUCGUAUUCUACGUACACGGCGGUGGCUUUACCGUGGGCUCCGUCGCGCUGUACGUAGAGCCGCUUUUGCGCAUCCUCGGCCAUGUGCGCGCCGAAAGCGGCGGCGAGAUCGCCGCGGACUGCGUCGCUGUGGAGUACGAUCUAGCGCCUUGUGUGCGCUUUCCCACGCCGCUGCUGCAGUGUCUGCGGUGCUACGCGGAUCUGGUCACCAUAAAGCGCGCCGACCCCGACAGGAUAGUGUUUUGCGGGGACAGUGCGGGCGCGGGGCUGCUCAUGUCCAUGCUCCUUUGUCUCUCUGGCCAGCACUCACCGGAAACAGACGAGCGCGACUGGUCGCAGCUGCCGAUGCCUGCGCGCGCCGUGCUUAUAAGUCCGCUGACCGACCUGCGCCCCUCUGCGCACGCAUUCUCCGCGCCCGCACCGCUCGAUUUCCUCUCACCGGCCGCGCUCCAGCACUAUGCACAGCUGUAUAUGAGCACGCUGCAAGUGCCGCGCCGCAUCGGCGGCCCCGCCAGUGCUUUGCACGCGACGCUCACUGCAUUUGCCGCUGGCAAGCAAGGAAUUGGCGCGCACUGCGUUCGCGCCUUGUGCCAAGUGCUCGCGCGGCCGCUGCUGAGCAUCGUUGCAGCGCCGAUCGUUGCGGAGCGCGCGUGCGUGAGCGAGGCGGUAUUUCUUCCCACACAGCUCUUUACCACCCAGCGACGCACACUGCCGCCGCUUGCGAGCCCCGCCAUGGGCGACUGGACCAAGGUCCGGCUCCGCAAAGGCAUUUUUGUGACGUGGGGCGGCGACGAACUUAUGCACCACGACAUUAUGGACUGGACUGUGCGGGCACAGCGAAGCACUAUUCAGUUGGAAACGCAUGUGCACCGUGGGCCGCUCGGCGUACACAUUUGGCCGUUUGUCGGCAUGUACCUUGCGCCACAUGCGCCGCAGCGUGCGUAUGGCAUACAAGUGCUUGCGCGUGCGAUUCUUAGCGGACUGCUCGGCGAUGCACACGACUCGCCGUUGUCGAUGCCGAGCGAUGCGGAUUCGUCGUCAGACGAGGCGCAAUGGGCGUGGGAAAAGGAGCUGGCGCGGAUCGGUGUACAGAGCGUGGCCAUGUAG